GCUGCUUUUAUUCUAAAUCACAAGAUCCAGUUAUUUGAAAGACAUUCCCCAGAGCAGAAAGGGGAAUCUGGAAGGUUCCCACAGAGCAAUUCCUUUAAGACGCCUAAAUUGUAAGUAACUCUUCCCAGGCGUUCACCAUUUUCGUUUGAUUGCAACCGCUAGGUCCUGUUGGAGAGGCAGUGAUCAAGAGCAUGGGCUUGAAGUUGAAAUUCCGGGCACGUAUUACCAAGCUGAGCAGCCUUGGGAAUAUUCACUCCAGGAGAAGAAUAAAGGUGAAACAAAAAAGCAAGGCAAAUGGACAACUCUGAAAAAAACACCCCAUUCAAAGGCCUGCUGUUUCCCUCGGGCACUAGCUUAUGUAUCACCUGUGUGCAAAAAGGACGUCUGACUUGUUGCAGAUAUGAGAACAUCUGCUGCUCAAAGUGGCUUCUGAAUCUCCCCACCAAGACCCUGUGAUGUCCCAGCCCACGGAGUCCGUUUUUCAAGGCUCUCAGCUGCCUCUUGUUACAUCAUGUCCAUGACAAUUAAUGCUGCAGAAGAGUCUGGCUGAAUUCAAAUAAACAGCACGUGAAGCACAUUUGUCAGUCCUCUAACACUGCUGAAAUCAGUGGGAUUCUCCUGCAGGCCUCUAGGACUCAUCGUGGGCUGAGAACACCACAGAUGCCAUUCCGGGUAAGACCUUAAUUUCACGCGUUCCUGUUUUCUGCCCUUACCAGGCCACCAAGGCUUGUUCUGCAGGAGACCGUGGCUGUUCCCUGGGCUCGUAGAACACAAAGUCCCCAGAAGUGAAUUUGGAGAGCUCUGCCCAGACCCUCCGCCCCCUUUGGGACCGAGGGACCCGUUUCCCCGGCUGCUGGGAGUCGUGGCAGCUGAUGGCUCUUCAUUAAGUCCUGAUCUGGGCACAGCCCUCAGCCUGAGAGUCCCUGUUCCAAGGCCACAUUCCCUCCCAUACCCGGUGUCUCGUCAGAGUGGGGAGGGGCAGGAUAAAGGGCUGGCUCCCUUGUCUCAAAGUGGGACAACUCUGAAGGGCCAUGCCUCUCCAGAGCUCCUGGUAGGAGCCACUGAGGGCUCUGGGGCAAUUUUAUUGUCACCCAGCUUCUCCCUUUUCCCAGUCCUGUAUCCCUCACCCCUCACAGGUGUCAUUCUUGAAAACACUCCCUAAUAAAUCUCCUGUGUGCUGAUCUCCAAGCAACUCUACCUAUGAAACGGCUCAAACAGUUUUAUGGUGAGUGGGUUACUGGUCUGCAGGGAUUGGUCCUCUCAGCCCUUGGAGAAGCUAGGUGGGUCUCACGUCAACCCGUGUCCCCCAGCGAGUUGCCUUGUCCAUGAGCUGCAUUCUCCAUGUACCCUACAUCGCCAAACAAGCCUUAUUUUCUAGGUCCUAUGAUGCUAAAAAGGCUGGGAAGCACUAAUGGAAUGUGUAGCAUGCUCAGAAAUUAAUAUCUUUUAAUAUAGUAUGGUUGCCUUUCCGAUACUUCUUUACUAAUUACUAAUUCCCUCUCUUCUUUACUAAUUCUACCGUCAUUUUAAUUCCAGGCUGUCAUUUUCUCAGCCUAAAAACAAAGCAAAACGAGCUCCCCACAUUUCCAGCCUCCUCUGCAGCCAGGGAGAACCACAUCUGUAGUUCUUGCCCAGCAGAGAGGAGCGGGCAUUUGUCAACCCUCUACCUUCCCCCAUAAGGGCAUCUCCUCACUUGCUUUUUUGGCCCCUUCUGUGUCUUCCUGCCUGGAACAGGGAUGGGAGGCUGAUGAGCGAGAGGAGACCCAUGUACUAGUGUAUUCAUCAUCUAUUGCUGCACUAAAACAUUUACCCCCAACUGGAAGCUUUAAACAAACAUUUAUUAUCUCACAGUUUCUAUGGGUCAGAAAUUAUAGGGGAAGGGGUCAUUUUUAUAUAUUCUCAGGGUCCAACAACCCAUAGGUGGUAUAAUGUGGGAGGGAACUACACAAGGCUGUAAAUUCCAGGAGGCAGGGAUCACGAAGGGCCCUCUUGGAGGCUGCCCAGUGCCAGCACCAGCUGUGGCCCCAUGAGACACAGCCAUCCGGAUGCAAAAUAUACUCACUCUCCCCCUGAAGCUGCAGAUGUCUCAUCCCACUGCAGCAUCAACAUACAGUUCAGAACCUCGCCCUUUAAGUCAGGUCCAGGUGUGGAUGAGGCCUGCAGCUCCUCCAGGGUGGUUCCACCCCGCGUCCCACGCGUUCUCUAUGGUACAGCAUUUCAGCCUCAAGCCUCACACAUCGGUGUGUAAAGCAGAAGGGAAAAGAAUAAUUUGGCUGUUAUUUCAAUCCUCUCUCUUCCUCCCCAUCCAUUGCAUGCUUAGAGGGUGACUAUAUGAACCUGUACACACACACACACACACGCACACGCACAUGCACACACACACACACUUCCCGCAAAGCACAUUGUGAGAAAUGGUGUUCUAACCAAAUAGGCAAGACAAGGAAGAGGGUGCUCGAGCAGGAAUACCAAAACUGAUAUAUAUAUAUAUAUAUAUAUAUAAAAAAAUAAAUGUUGAGCCUUCUUUUAAUUUAUUUAUUUUUAUUUUUUGCUAUGUUGCGUCUUCGUUUCUGUGCGAGGGCUUUCUCUAGUUGUGGCAAGCGGGGGCCACUCUUCGUCACGGUGCACGGGCCUCUCACUGUCUUGGCCUCUCUUGUUGCGGAGCACAGGCUCCAGACGUGCAGGUUCAGUAGUUGUGGCUCACGGGCCUAGUUGCUCCGCGGUGUGUGGGAUCUUCCCAGACCAGGGCUCGAACCCGUGUCCCCUGCAUUAGCAGGCAGACUCUCAACCACUGCGCCACCAGGGAAGCCCCAAAACUGAUAUUUUUGUGAUGAGAACAAGACUGUGAUCAGAAAUGCUGCUCGCCAGUGGCUGAUCCAGCGGAAACCAACCGGGGAUCCAAACUCUUCUUCAACCCUCCCCGAAGCUCCCCAUAGAAAGUGGUGAUGCAGCAAGAGUGGGAUGGGACGGGAGAUGCUGGCAAGUUUAGGACUGAGGUGGUAAGAGUUGGGAGCAGGAAAGGAAUGAAUAGUAGAGAAGUUUCUCGGGCGGUGCGCCCUAGGUUCAAACCUUCCGAGGUGUUCUGCAAAGCCCUUUGCAGGACACAGAAACACCCCUCGGUGAGACUAUCUUUAGUUGCUGAAUUGUUUAACUGUGACCCGAGGUCCUUCUUUCCUCUCUCGUUGACGGCACAUCUCCGGCAUUGCAUUAAUUUCUGAUAACUCUCUCGGGCACGGCCAGCCAAGCACCUUCUUCACUGCGCUGUCUGUGUGAAAAGCCACACCUACAUGUUCUCAGAGGAUGAUUCCAGGCACAGAUAUAAAAGCCAGCCCUGAAUACCAAUCUGCUGGCUUUGCUGUCUGUGCAGAUGUUCCCAGAGAUUCACACUCUCUCCGUGCUUUCAAAGUUCAUUCUACAAAAUUAACAUUAAUAACGAAAUGAAACUCACUUGUGUUUUUCAACUGAGGCCACCAAACCAGAUUUGAGGUUCAACCUUUUUCAUUCUGUACCCAAGGAGGAAAAAUUUAAGAGCAUAUAGCCAGUAGCUAGCAUCAAAUCACCUUGGCUAUUAGUCUCUAUCUGAUCCUGGUCCCUCAUUUCCAAUAAUUCCGCCUGCUUUGUUUCAUCUGGCCACGCCUUUGCCGUGAGCCUCAGCUCCAACUGAAUCCUGGCCUUGGUUUCAAGGACUUCAGCACAUCCAAGAAUAGGAUAACACCUUAUCUUGCAUCCUCCGAGGACUGAGGUCCCAUUUUGGAACCCAAAUUCUUGAAGGGAAUUGUUGACUUACCUGGCAAAAGUCCCCCCCUGGUGCCUACUUGUUCCAGACUUGGAGUCUGGGUUUGUUGGAAUCCUAACUGUUCCCAGGUCAAGGUCGGUGGUCUUUCAACCACCUCACAAGUGUCCCUGACUUGUCUGACCACCUGUGAGAAACGUGGCUUUCACAGCUGAAAGGGACUUUAAAUGUCAUCUAGUUCAACCACUGCAACCUAUCUUGCCUGACAAUAAACUCAGGAAAUUAUUCGAACAACUCUUCAGAUUCAGAGCUCUCCCCUUGUCAUGCUGAAUAAGAAUGACUUAAAGUCAAAUAUUUCAAAAAAUUUCUCUCUAAUGCCAAGGGCCAGGGCUGCCUUGGAGGUCUAGGGAUGCUACUGGGUUGACCAAAAAUUUCGUUCAGGUUUAUCCGUAAGAUGCUACAGAAAAACCCAAAUGAACUUUUUGGCCAACCCAAUAUUUUUCAAAUUGUUUUAAUAACCGUCUAGCUAAUGGGUAGAGGAAGCCUGGCCAUCACUGUCAGACACAUGGAGCCAAGUUUCAGACAGCAAAGAGGGGAUGGGCGUGAAGGGGAGGCAACCCCGCACACUUCGGACUUCUAGAGCCAUGGCCAGGUUGUCCUCUCUGAGAUGGGCAGGGACACCCCAGCUGCUCCUAAUUCAGUCCUGGGAUGAGGCCGUCUCCUCAAAUACUGUGGACAAGGCUCUUAACUAAAGAAGGAAGACAACCUUAUGGGUUUCAGCUUUGCAGUUUGGGGAUGAUCUAGGAGUAUGUGGACCUGCACUGCUCUAGACGGCCCUUUAAGAUAAACAACAGCUUCCCUGACUCAUGGUCAGCUCAGGAGCUAUGGACAAGCUGUGCAAACAGGCCCCCACCUCCACCCAAAGCUUCAGAGCUUCUUUGCAACUCAACGACUCUCCCAGAAUAGUCCUUGUAGGCUGUCCCUCAUUCAGUCAUAGAGCUCAACACCGGUCCUAGACCCUGUCCUGGUCCCCAUUUGUCUGAAAUUGCACCCUUACAGACCAGCCAGGUCAGAGGACCCCAGACAGGCUAGAUGGCCAUACUCAUUAGGGGAGGCUGGAGUGUGGGCAUACUGCAUUUUGUAGACGUGGAGAAAGCCCAGUCAACUAAAUCUGGGAAACCCAUGAAGUGUGGCAGAUUUGGGGCAAAGUAGAAUCAACAGGGACAAAAAUAAUUCAGAAGACACCCUGCUGGGAGCUCCAAAGCUUCUAAGAGGAGGCUGCCUGACUGCACCAAAAUCAACUUGACUGUCCUGCAAGUCAAGGGCACACUAGGUCAUGGUGAUGGCAAUGGCUGGGCAGAGGAAGAAAGGCAUAGAACCACACGACUCGGAAGCUUUGGCUGGGCCACUUCUAGGAUAUUUAUAGAAGCAGGCAGUUUGGAGGUAUCUAGCCAAAUAGUGUCAAAUUACUUAGUCAUUAAACUACAUGUAAAUAUAUCCCUGGGAAGGGAUGGGAUUAACCCAAAACUUUUAUAGGGGUUGGGGGAGGGGCGGUGAAACUGUGCAGCUCUCAGCCAAUGUGUGGCCUGUCACACAGAGAGCCCUGAUGUCUGGGGGCCAGAAAAUUCCAGUGGAACCCCAAGCACGGGGGAGACUCCGCAGGGCCUUCUGAGACCCAUGGGCGGAGCACGCUCCUUCCCACCGCUGGCACGAGCAGGGCGUGGAAUCAAUGGGUCCCUCAGAUCCGCAGAACAUAGCAGGGAAAGGCGAUUCCAGAAGGAGAGAGCAGGCCUGAUUAAUGCACUGCAGCCUUUGAGAAGAUUAAUGUGUGGACAAGGGGAAACCAACGAAUGUAAUUUAUGUAGACUUUCAAAAAGGCUCCACACUAAGGGCUAUUUUUAAAAGUCACCGUGGAAUCUCGGUUUUAAAGGACUAGCUUUUUGAGGUUAAUGUCAACGAGACACCCACAUUUUCCCUCUGCUCCUGCCACAAAAUGUGGACGACUUUUACCCCAUGGGGCAUUUCCAAGCAGAUUCCUACCUCCUCUGGCCCCUCCAGAAGUGAUUUUCGAUAGCUCCCUUAUGAAUUCCCAUCUGGUUCCUCUCUUAACGCUUUCCACCUAAUGUGUAAUUGUACGUGUAUAUCUCGUCCCCCAACAGACUGGAACCCACCUGAAGACAGGGGCAGAGUCUUCCCAUUUUUGCAUCCCAUCAGCCCUCUGACUGGGGUUCCCGCCCCCUGAAUCAGAGAAGACACUGUGACCCCAGACCAGCAAUCUUAACCACUAUGGUUUACGCCUGGGGCUACGUCCCAAGUGCCUCAAAUUCAGCAUGGCCAGCCCUGCAGCCCUCAUCCCCAGCCCGUCACACAAGCUGAUCUUCCUGUGCCCGCUUUUGGUUAGUGGCAUCGUUCCCCACCCACCUGGCGGUGCCCACUUCUCUUCAUCCUCACUGCACCCACCUUAGCCGGGGCCCCCACUGCUGCACCUGUAUUCCGACACCUUCCCACUGGCGAAAUCCUUCAAAGGCCAGUGCACAGGGCUCUCCAUGUCCGCUCCUGAUUUCCCAGUUUCCCCUCCAGCCUCACCUUCUGUCCUGUGUGUGCAGAGCUGGAGCCGCUGCCAGGUGGGGGCCCCUGCAAGUCCUUCACCCACCACGAUAACUCCUACUGUCCUCCUGUGACCUUCUGCUCUUCCUCGCCUUGCUGCUUCCAGCUUCUUCCUGUAGUGAAAUCCUGCUUGUCCUUUAUAUACCAACUCAGGUGCUGUCUCCUCUGAGAAAACUUCUCCCAACCCCCGGUCUGGGUUUAUUGUGUUUCCUACGUGCUCCUUCCUCCAACUCAACAAACAUUUCUCGAGCAGCUACUAUGUAACAGGCAUUAUAUUAGGCGAAGGUGAUAAACCCACCCUCACAAAAUGAAACAUGGCUUACAGAGGUUCCUGCAAAGAAGGAACAGAUUGAAGGUAAUGCUAAUAAUGUAAGUACAAACGAAUAAGAAUUUUCUUCUGAACUGACAUUGCCUCAUACAAGCUCUUUGUCAACCACAUUUUGAGAUAAAAACAAUGAUUUAAUCAGACCUGACAAGAAAACUGCCAAAAGAAUACAAAACUAUCACCAAGCCUUCUUGAAAUAUGGAUUUGCGUCCUCUGUCGUUAAGGGCAAACCUUGCCCUAUUUAUAAUUCUCAUCUCGAUAUCUUAGUUAACAGUGAUAAUGCAUGUGUACAAUUUAUAAAUAAAUAUACAUACCUUGGAGUAUAUACAUAGCGCUCUCUCUAUAUAUAGAUAUAGAUAUAGUAGAUAUAGGAACCUAGAAGGUUUUGCUUAUUUAUUUGUUAUUUUCUAGUUAAGGUGUACAAUCAAGACUUCAGAAACCAUUUCAUUCAAGAACUGAAAGAAGACAAUAUGGUAGAACUGGGGAGUAGAGGAGAGAAAUUAAUCUAGCAAGUUCAUCAGCCCUAUGGUAUCAAAGACUCCUCUGUUUCACUCAUUGCUAUUUCCCCCAGGCCUCAGAACAGCAUCUAUAUAAGGUUGAUCGCUGGAUAGACCAAUUUUAGAAACCCCAACUCUUUUACUUUCCUGCUUGGAAUGUUCUGCUGGCUCCUAAGUACCGUGUUCCUAGCCUGGCCUACAAGACCCUCGUGACAUAGCCCUUGCCCAGUCCCAACUGAGGCUACUCAUUGAAUUUAAUUUACAAACAGUGACCGGUGUCUGGGUGGUCAGAGACUUGGCCUUCCUCAGCCACAGCUACAUUCCAGCAUGAAGACAGUUGGAGAGACUGUAGGUCAGAGAAGGACCCUCCAAAGCCAGAGACAGGGAGAACAGAGUGCGGGGAGAGGGAGAACACAUGGACUCUGGAGCCAGAUACUCCUGCGUUUCUACUGCUUCUACCCUUCACCUUCUACCUCCUUCACCGCUUGACAUCUGUGUGACUUUACUGAAUUUGCCGGCGCCUUCAUCUUGGAUUUCCCAGCCUCCAUAACGAUCCCGAUGUCAUUUGGAAAGGUCAAAUCAUUUGGGGAAGGUUAAGUGUAGCAUCCAAUGACAUUACUGCUGCUGGUGAUGCCACAGUGGAUGGAACAGGGUUGAAUUGUGUGUGUCUCUGAAAAUGGCAGCAGAAAACUUGGUAAGUGGUCUUACUUAUACAAAGCAAUCCUCGUCCACUUCCACUCUGCCCGUGAGUAGGCAGCAAGCAAAACGUAACCAGGGCUCUGCACUUCAUAUGCAAAGUGCCCAUUACCCUCUCACUAAAUAUUAUUAUUUUGCAAAAGCUUUAUCUAAAUUACAAGCCGCUUUAUAGCCUCCAUACACCCCACUGUAGGGUAUAUAUUAUACUGAGCUAUAAAAUGUGUUGAGGUUUCUUGGGAUGGGAAUAGGUAUAAAAUUACAGUCUAUUAUUAUUAUAUAUUUCUUUUCAUUACCCGUUGUUGUAUUUCUUAGGCCUAAGCAAAAUAAUUCUUACUCUGCUGACUGUUUGCGACCGUCAGAUAUGAGUAGAUGGUCCCCGAGUUCCCCCAGAUCAUCAUUUACGGGUCUCCACCAUUCAGCUCUUUUAAUCUUUCUUCAUAAAUCCAGUUUUAUAAGCCCUCCAUCACUCUUGUAUCUUUCCUCCCAACACUCACCCCAUUUGUCGGUACCCGGCUGGUAAUUAGAUGCUCAGAGCUGAGCACAGUCUUCCAGGUGGGGUCUCAGCAGGGUCGUCUGUUACUCCAAGUAUUGCUUUGCAAAUCCAUUUCUUUUUUUCCCUGGGCCUCACAUUUCACUCCAGACAGGAUAAGCCAAAGAGAGCACAAAGGAGAAAAGCACAAAUAUUAUCCAGACCCACUGAAUGGGUCCUGGGAGGGAAGACGACAAAGCUGGGCUGAGUUCUACUUAGAGCCCAAAAGCAGUCGCAGGAAGAUGGUGUAAGGAGAGCAGGAAUCCAUUUUCUCCUCCAUCUUCAGCAGCAGAGACAUUUUGUCUUAAAUGUUAUUAAACUCUGAAUGGGGCUGAGCUUUCUGAGAUCUCUCCUUCCAGAAGUCACCAGAAGCCUCCCCCACAUUGAGGUGAGAUGCAGGGAGGAAGGUCCCAUCCCACAAGCAUGCUGAGGACACCACUCAGCGCUGUCCACACCCCUGACCUCCCCCUUCCUCUCCCAAGGCACCUCAAGGGCACUUUCCUAGCUACUCGCUCACCAUGAUCUGGGAUUCAUUCAUUUUUUCAUCAGCAGGAGAGAACACCACAUCAGCAGAUAGCCUGGAUGAGUUCGUGUGAAUCAAUCACACCUCUCUGGCAAUCCUUUUAGCUCUGUUUUUCCUCUUCUUGGGUGCCUACCACAGCCCCGUAUGUAAAAUUUAUCACAGAGUAGGUAUCUGACAGACACUUGGGAGCUGGCCCAAAACAGUGGAUUAGAAUGUGUUUUUAAACCAGACAGCACUGGGCUUGUUGCCUCAUCCUCCUAUCAGCCGUGUGAUUUGAAGUAGGUUACGUCACCAUCCAGGCCUCAGUUUCCUCAUGGAUAAGACAGAAGCAAACAUCUCACUGGGAUUCUAUGAGAUGUGAGAGGGCAUAAGUAAAGCCCCUGAUAUAGAACUGCCGUUUAUACAAUUUUAGUUUCUCUCCCCUGGAGGGAAACCCGGUAACAGUGGCUGGCUCUGGUAGACCUCACAAUCCCUCACGCUUACAAAAUUUCUGUAAUCAUCUCUAUUUAGGGAAAGUUAGUGUUUGGAAAGGAAAAAAAAUUCAAAGAAUGCAGUUAGUCUAAUCCAUUAGCAAGACAGCACAGAAGUUCAUAACCUAGCUUUGAUCUGCAAUUUGGAGGAAGGAGUUUCCAAAUACUUGAGGGAUCAUUUCUCCUCCUUGAUGUGAUGUUGGAAUUUAACUCCCGUUAACCAUUACAGGCUUAAUGAGUCUCAUCCAGGGGAAACAUACCUUCUAGUGCUUAAUGAACACAAAAUAAAACGUUUCCUUUUAUCUUUGACAUCUACCAGAGGCAUUUGAAUAAUGAUAUUCAUAUUCAUGAUGCAUAAGACCCUUCCAUCAGCUCAGAAUUGUCACUAAGGAUUUUAUAGAAUGCCAAUAAGGGUGCUGAGAUCUUUCUGAUGAUACUGUGGUAUGGAAGCUGUCGCUGCAGAUGAAUCACGGGGUCCCAGGUCAAUAGAAGGUAAAAAACAUUCUACAGUAGCUGUAUCUUUCCACACAAACCAAUGGAAUUUGUUGGCCUUGAAAUGAUAACCUCCAAAUAGAGCCCAAAUCACCUUUAAUCCAGCAGGGACACUCUACCACCUGAUAAGGUAAAAACAGGACAGUGGCAAUAGUGAAGGCCAUUCCUCAAGCAUGAGGUUCUGCAGUUUGCCCAGCUGGGACUAGAAGGGGCAGACUUAGGGGGUUUAAAAAUGACUGGGGAGGGACCAGCACAAGUAAAGACACAGAGGCGGUACAGGAAGUGGGGGUAGAUGGUUCUAGAACAGUGCUGUCCAAUAGAACUUUCUGUUCUGUUCUAAUGUUCUGACAACGGAAAUGUUCUCUAAAUCUCUCCAACAUGGUAACCACACGCCACACAUUUCUACUGAGUACUUGGAAUGUGGCUAAUGUUACUAAGAAGUGAGUUUUCCAUUUUAUUUAUUUUUAAAUUCUUUAAAUUUACAUAACCACACAGGGCUAGUAGCUACCAAAUUGGUCAAUGCAGUUCUAGAAGAAAAAGUGAGGGGAAGCGUUCACAGCAAGAGGGCCACAGAUCCGAUGCUACGCUUUGGACAUUAUUCUGUGGGUGAUGGGAAGCCACUGAGGAGAGUUAGUCUUGAAAUGACUAGUGGUCAGAUUUGCACAGCAUUGUGCAGGAUACACAAAGCACGGGGGGCCACAGGGGCUUUUAAGCCAGAGUCCCAACUCAGGAUGAGGUCGGGAGAACUGCCUGGAAGAUGAGGUCGCACCUGAGCAGAAUUGAAGAAAUGAGCAGACAUUUGCCAGGUGGUUCUAAAGCGAGGGCUUUGGCGACAGAAAUAACAGGUGCAACGCAGCAAGGCUGGACAAAGGUGGCCAGCGCCUGCUGGGGGAGGCCCAGGUGCCUCUCGUAACCCAGGCCCCAUGCAUGGGAUGGAGAGUAUGAAAUGAGGCUGGGAAGAUAGGGUGAGAAGGGCCCUGGAAGGAAGUUCGGUUUUGUUUUUGUUUUUUCUGUAAAGAUAUAGGAGAUCAAUGAAGGCUUUUAAAUAGAGAAGUGAAUCUUCGGUAAGUAACCCUGGGUUAACUAUCAACCUCUCCGAGCUUCUAUUUCACUGUUUGGGGAUUGCAAAACUACGGAUAAUGAGAUCCACCUCAAGGAUCUGUCUGUGUAAGGACAGCCUGCAGCCAAGUAGUUUCACAUAGACGCUAGUUUCCUAGAAUCCCCCAGCUGCCUUGUCAACACGUGGCAUCUCUGGAUGAGCUGCAGCCUCCUUUCUCAGCUGUUGCCCCCACAGGCCUGAAGCUGAGCAGACUGGAACGUCCUCUUUUCAAAUCCACCUGCCCCCCGUACCACCCUCCACACUGUUGCAUGAAACUGGGGGUGUUGGGGGUCUGGGGGAGGAAACCAAUGCUGACUCUUUAACAAUGACAAAAAGAGCAUCUGUAUUGUUACAGGGUUUGUUAAUAAUGAAAUGCCGAAACUUUUAUUUUUAACAAAAACCCAGACUACAACAUUGGUGCCUCAGGGUAAACAGAGUUGAUCUUAAUUCUGGGUUGUUUUGAUUUUGCAUGAAAGAACUGCCUUCCCUCACCCUUCCCCUUAAGACCAAGCUAAAGCAAGUGGGGUAGGUUUGUUAAAGACGGAAUUUUCCAGGUCCACAUUCAGAGAAUAAUUAUUCUCCAGCAGGAGAUCAGGGACCGAUGCUCCACUUUCCAAGGGCAUGAUGCAACUUUCAGCAAUCAGAGCAGUGAGGGGAAAGCAGUAUGCAAAAACCACACUUGGAAAAAACACCUGUUGACACAUCAUCGAAAACUUUGGAAAAUAUUCUGCGUAGGAACAAGCUAUCAUUGUCUUAAAGAGGUGGGUAGGAACAAAAAACCUCCUCUGCCUUGGAGGUCCUCUGGCCACUCUCCUCUCCUCGUUACUGCUCACAGGGUUAUUUGUUCUUGAUAAGCCAUCUGUCAUGGCUGAAAUAAAAAGUAGGGCAAUCUAAAGCAUCUUGGAGGACAUCGGUCCUGGACAAGUAGCUGUCCCAUGUGCUGACGCUGGUGAGGCUGUGCCGUUGACGUUAGGCUGAAGCUUAAAGCUCAUCUUCCAGUUACCUUCCCUGUACUGUUAGAACUUGUUGAAAUCAGUGCAACAUGGAAGAGAAAACUACUUUCUGCUAAAAGUUUUGGAGAUAUAGACUGUAGCUCUGCUGGAAAAAUAAGCCUGGGGAGAAUGAACUCUCAGGACAUGAUCCAUAGUGGGAAAGAGCAUGUUCACGUGCCAGCUCAGACAGUAACUGCCCUGGUGCAGGUUAUUCAACCUCUGUAAAUUUCGGUUUCCUUGUCUGUACCUAUAAAGUGAGAACAGGUGGGGUCAGCAGAUGCUCUGAGGCGGGAGCAGGAACGGGAACGUCAGCAUCAGGCCCAGCGGCUGGAGGCCAGACUCACCAUACACACCACUCUCUUUUGAAAGCUGUGUGGCUGACAGGGUCUUGGUGCUCUGGCCUGGUGUCAGGCCUGAGUCUCUGAGGUGGGAGAGCCGAGUUCAGGACAUCAGAAAACCAGAGACCUCCUGGCCCCAUGUAAUAUCAGUUGGCAAGAGCUGUCCCAGAGAUCUCCGUCUCAAUGCUAAGACCCAGCUCCACCCAACGACCAGCAAACUCCAGUGCUGGAUGCCCCAUGCCAAACAACUAGCAAGACAGGAACACAACCCCACUCAUUAGCAGACAGGCUACCUAAAAUCACACUAAGUACACAGACACCCCAAAACACACCACCAAAUGUGGCCCUGCCCACCAGAAAGACAAGAUCCAGCCCCACCCACCAGAACACAGGCACCAGUCCCCUCCACCAGAAAGCCUACACGAACUCACUGAACCAACCUUACCCACUGGGGACAGACACCAAAAAUAACGGGAACUAUGAACCUGCAGCCUGUGAAAAGGAGACCCCAAACACAGUAAGUUAAACAAAAUGAGAAGACAGAAAAACACACAGCAGAUGAAGGAGCAAGGAAAAAACCCACCAGACCAAACAAAUGAAGGGAAAACAGGCAGUCUACCUGAAAAAGAAUUCAGAGUAAUGAUAGUAAAGAUGAUCAGAAAUCUUGGAAAUAGAAUGGAGAAACUACAAGAAAUGUUUAACAAGGACCUAGAAGAACUAAAGAGCAAACAAACAUUGAUGAACAACACAAUAAAUGAAAUUAAAAAUUCUCUAAAAGGAAUCAAUAGCAGAAUAACUGAGGCAGAAGAACAGAUAAGUGAUCUGGAAGAUAAAAUAGUGGAAAUAACUACUGCAGAGAAGAAUAAAGACAAAAGAAUGAAAAGAAUUGAGGACAGUCUCAGAGACUGCUGGGACAACAUUAAACGCACCAACAUUCGAAUUAUAGGGGUCCCAGAAGAAGAAGAGAAAAAGAAAGGGUCUGAGAAAAUAUUGAAGAGAUUAUAGUCGAGAACUUCCCUAACAUGGGAAAGGAAAUAGUCAAUCAAGUCCAGGAAGUGCAGAGAGUCCCAUACAGGACAAAUCCAAGGAGAAGCACACAAAGAAACAUAUUAAUCAAACUAUCAAAAAUUAAAUACAAAAAAAAAUAUUAAAAGCAGCAAGGGAAAAGCAACAAAUAAUAUACAAGGUAAUUCCCAUAAGGUUAACAGCUGAUCUUUCAGCAGAAACUCUGCAAGCCAGGAGGGAGUGGCAGGACAUAUUUAAAGUGAUGAAAGGGAAGAAACUAAAACCAAGAUUACUCUACCCAGCAAGGAUCUCAUUCAGAUUCGACAGAGAAAUUAAAACCUUUACAGACAAGCAAAAGCUAAGAGAAUUCAGCACCACCAAACCAGCUCUACAACAAAUGCUAAAGGAACUUCUCUAGGCAGGAAACACAAGAGAAGGAAAAGAGCUACAAUAACAAACCCAAAACACUUAAGAAAAUGGUAAUAGGGACAUACAUAUCAAUAAUUACCUGAAAUGUAAAUGGAUUAAAUGCUCCAACCAAAGGACGUAGACUGGCUGAAUAGACACAAAAACAAGACCUAUACAUAUGCUGUCUACAAGAGACCCACUUCAGACCUAGGGACACAUACAGACUGAAAGUGAGGGGAUGGAAAAAGAUAUUCCAUGCAAAUGGAAAUCAAAAGAAAGCCAGAGUAGCAAUUCUCAUAUCACACAAAAUAGACUUUAAAAUAAAGACUAUUACAAGAGACAAAGAAGGACACUACAUAAUGAUGAAGAGAUCACUCCAAGAAGAAGAUACAACAAUUGUAAAAAUGUAUGCACCCAACAUAGGAGCACCUCAAUACAUAAGGCAAAUGCUAACAGCUAUAAAAGAGGAAAUCGAAAGUAACACCAUAAUAGUAGGAGACUUUAACACCCCACUUUCACCAAUGGAAAGAUCAUCCAAAAUGAAAAUAAAUAAGGAAUCACAAGCUUUAAAUGAUACGUUAAACAAGAUGGUCUUAAUUGAUAUUUCUAGGACAUUCCAUCCAAAAACAACAGAAUACACUUUCUUCUCAAGUGCUCAUGGGACAUUUCCCAGGAUAGACCAUAUCUUGGGUCAAAAAUCAAGCCUUGGUAAAUUUAAGAAAACUGAAAUUGUAUCAAGUAUCAUUUCCCACCACAAUGCUCUGAGACUAGAUAUCAACUACAGGAAAAACUGUAAAAAAUACAAACACAUGGAAGCUAAACAAUACGCUACUAAAUAACCAAGAGAUCACUGAAGAAAUCAAAGAGGAAAUCAAAAAAUACCUAGAAACAAAUGACAAUGAAAACACGAUGACCCAAAACCUAUGGGAUGCAACAAAAGCAGUUCUAAGAGGGAAGUUUAUAGCAAUACAAUCCUACCUCAAGAAACAAGAAAAAUCUCAAAUAAACAACCUAACCUUACACCUAAAGUAAUUAGAGAAAGAAGAAUAAAAAAACCCCAAAGUUAGCAAAGGAAGGAAAUCAUAAAUUUCAGAUCAGAUAUAAAUGAAAAAGAAAUGAAGGAAAUGACAACAAAGAUCAAUAAAACUAAAAGCUGAUUCUUUGAGAGGAUAAACAAAAUUGAUAAGCCAUUAGCCAGACUCAUCAAGAAAAAAAGGGAAAAGACUCAAAUCAACAGAAUUAGAAAUGAAAAAGAAGUAACAACUGCCCCUGCAGAAAUACAAAGGAUCAUGAGAGACUACUAUAAGCAACUCUAUGCCAAUAAAAUGGACAACCUGGAAGAAAUGGACAAAUCCUUAGAAAAGCACAACCUUCCGAGACUGAACCAGGAAGAAAUAGAAAAUAUAAACAGACCAAUCACAAGCACUGAAAUUGAAACUGUGAUUAAAAAUCUUCCAACAAACAAAAGCCCAGGACCAGAAGGCUUCACAGGCGAAUUCUUUCAAACAUUUAGAGAAGAGCUAACACCUAUCCUUCUCAAACUCUUCCAAAAUAUAGCAGAGGGAGGAACACUCCCAAACUCAUUCAACGAGGCCACCAUCACCCUGAUACCAAAACCAGACAAAGAUGUCACAAAGAAAGAAAACUACAGGCCAAUAUCACUGAUGAACAUAGAUGCAAAAAUCCUCAGGAAAAUACUAGCAAACAGAAUCCAACAGCACAUUAAAAGGAUCAUACACCAUGAUCAAGUGGGGCUUAUCCCAGGAAUGCAAGGAUUCUUCAAGAUACACAAAUCAAUCAAUGUGAUACACCAUACUAGCAAAUUGAAAGAUAAAAACCAUAUGAAUAACUCAAUAGAUGCAGAAAAGCUUUCAACAAAUUUCAACACCCAUUUAUGAUAAAAACUCUCCAGAAAGUAGGCAUGGAGGGAACCUACCUCAAAAUAAUAAAGGCCAUAUAUGACAAACCCACAGCAAACAUCAUUCUCAAUGGUGAAAAACAGAAUCCAUUUUCUCUAAGAUCAGGAACAAGACAGGGCCGCCCACUCUCACCACUAUUAUUCAACAUAGUUUUGGAAAUUUUAGCUGCAGCAAUCAGAAAAGAAAAAGAAAUAAAAGCAAUCGAAGUUGGAAAAGAAGAAGUAAAACUGUCACUGUUUGCAGAUGACAUGAUACUAUACAUAGAGAAUCCUAAAGAUGCUACCAGAAAACUACCAGAGCUAAUCAAUGAAUUUGGUAAAGUAGCAGGAUACAGAAUUAAUACACAGAAAUCUCUUUCAUUCCUAUACACUAAUGGUGAAAAAUCUGAAGGAGAAAUUAUGGAAAUACUCCCAUUUACCAUUGCAACAAAAAGAAUUAAAUACCUAGGAAUAAACCUACCUAGGGAGACAAAAGACCUGUAUGCAGAAAACUGUAAGACACUGAUGAAAGAAAUUAAAGAUGAUAGAAACAGAUGGAGAGAUAUACCAUGUUCUUGGAUUGGAAGAAUCAACACUGUGAAAAUGACUCUACUACCCAAUGCAAUCUACAGAUUCAAUGCAAUCCCUGUCAAACAACCAAUGGCAUUUUUCACAGAACUAGAACAAAAAAUUUCACAAUUUGUAUGGAAACACAAAAGACCCCAAAUAACCAAAGCAAUCUUGAGAAAGAAAAACGGAGCUGGAGGAAUCAGGCUCCCUGACUUCAAACUACACUACAGAGCUACAGUAAUCAAGACAGUAUGGUACUGGCACAAAAACAGAAAUAUAGAUCAAUGGAACAGGAUAGAAAGCCCAGAGAUAAACCCACACACGUACGGUCACCUUAUCUUUGAUAACGAAGGCAAGAAUAUACAAUAAAGAAAAGACAGUCUCUUCAAUAAGUGGUGCUGGGAAAACUGGACAGCUACAUGUAAAAGAAUGAAAUUAGAACACUCCCUAACACCAUACACAAAAAUAAACUCAAAAUGGAAUAAAGACCUAAAUGUAAGGCCGGACACUAUAAAACUCUUAGAAGAAAAUAUAGGCACAACAUUCUAUGACAUAAAUCACAGCAGGAUACUUUUUUUUUUUUUUUUUUUUUUGCAGUACGCGGGCCUCUCACUGUUGCGGCCUCUCCCAUUGCGGAGCACAGGCUCCGGACGCGCAGGCUCAGCGGCGGUGGCUCACGGGCCCAGCCACUCCGCGGCACGCGGGAUCUUCCCAGACCGGGGCACGAACCCGUGUCCCCUGCAUCGGCAGGCGGACUCUCAACCACUGCGCCACCAGGGAAGUCCA